AUGUUUAGAUCAAGCAUACUCAGAACCUUGAGAACUCCUGUUGUUCUCAGACAACAACCAAGAUUGGUAACUCCAAUUACCAGAGUUUCUUUCUACUCCAGUGUUCCAGCUUUAACCAGAGAUCUCGCAAAGGAAAGAAUUAUUGAGUUAUUAGAAGGCUACGAUAAGGUUCAAAACCCAGAAAAGAUUACUGAAGAAGCAUCAUUUUCUCAAGAUUUAGGCUUGGAUUCCUUAGAUGUAGUAGAGGUUGUAAUGGAAGUAGAACACGAGUUCAACAUUCAAAUCCCAGACCAUGAAGCUGACACAUUAAAGACUGUUGGACAAACUCUUGACUACAUUCUUGCUCAACCUGACGCUUGUUAA